AUACUCCUGCAGCUCAGUGGCGUGUGUGCAGAGGUGUUGGAGGUCUGGGUCAGAAGGUGUACCGCUGAUGCCCCUCCUAACACACGCUGAUGCUGCAGCCUGCAGCAGUCUGUGGUCCGCAGCCGCAGUCCGGCGUCUCAGAUCAGCCGACUGCCUCCAACCCCCCCCCGACCAGAAGUGACUUUAACAAACCUGAACUACCUCCUGCAAGGAGUCUCUCCUGCUUCACUUGUUUUGGGUCAGAUAACGGAAACGACGGCUGCGCUCCUGCUGCUCCGAGCAGACAAAGGGCUUUCGGUAAUAACGGUGCCAGUGCUCGCGCUGCUUGGUUGCAUAGUCGCGCGCCGGACGCUGCAGGACGAUGAGACUUGAAACAGUUUUGAAACUUCUUCCCUGCGUUGUGUUUUUACUCCCCAACGCAAUGCACGCUCAAACAGGCCACAUACCUCCAAGUCUCAUGGUCAGAGUGUAUAAUCACUCAGCCGCUCACUCUGACAGACACACAGGAUGUCGACGCUCAGAGUUCCUGUCCAGCUGAUGGGGACUGAAGCACCAGGUGUUGAGAAUGAAGGAUGUCUAUUGGCAGCGGCUCGUCCGUGGCAGACCCAGUCAGGCUAUCACCUUUCACUUGACCUCUCAGUGCUCCCUCCUGAGUGUGCGCCGGGAGGCCACUCCAUCCUCCAGAACCCCUACCGCAGCACCACCUUCAGCUCCAGCUGGCUGCAGCAGUCGGCCCUGCAGGACUUCAUCUGCGACCACUCCCUCACUCCGGGCUGGUACCAGUUUCAGAUUUUUGACAAGCCAGCGAGCAUGCCCACCCAGUGUGUGGAGGUGAACCACUGUGGGACUCAGGCUCCUGUGUGGCUGUCCCUGGGUGAAGGUGAGUCCCUGCCGGGUCCUCUGGAGGUCAGGCAGCUGACGGCCUGCGCUGCCUGGCAAUUCUUCCCGAGCAGCAGCAAAGACUGCUGCCUGUUCCGCAUCCCGGUCACCGUCCGCAACUGUGGGGACUUCUAUGUUUACCUGCUCCAGCCUACGCAGGGAUGCAUGGGAUACUGCGCACAGGAGAUGUUGGACACUUCACCCACGUCGCUGCCCUGUGGCCCUGACGAGGUGAACGUCGAUGGAACAUGUAAAACAAAGCAGCCUCCCACUCCAUCUGCACCAGUGAUCGUCUCAGAGGUGACAGGAAACACUGUCCACCUGAAGUGCAGCUUUGGGAGCAGCCCCAACAGCUCCCUGGGUUACGUGGUGGCCUGGUCCCGCCUCUCACCUGAGGGCAGGAAGGAGGAGCUCAAACAGGAGACCACCAUCCAGACCUCCGCCUUUAUCGAGCUGGACGGCUUCAACCUCCGUCUGGGGGACAAGAUUUACUGCUCCAGCUCCAGUUUCUUCUUGGACUCGCCUGACGUCCAUGGUGCUUCAGUGGAAAGUCAAGAGUUCUUUGCUGGGAUUAGGCUAAAACCAGAGGUGAGCAGUGUAUCUGAGGAUGGGAGGCUGUAUGAGUUGGUGGUUGAGAGCACAGUUCCUGUCCCAUGUCUGGAUGAGUCCAUUUCCUCUGCAGAGCAGUGUUCUCUGUCUGUGCAGCUCAGCACAAGCAGUGAAGGUGAGGGUUUAUUGGGUGCCGAUCUGUCUCUGUCCUCCUGUGUGGUGGAUCUGUCCCGGAGCCCCUGUAGGGACGGGGUUUGUAGCCGAGCGCUGAUCCACUUCAGCCCCGUCACUGACUUUGUCAAAGAUGGCAACAGGACAACUCAGAUCUCCGUUAAAUCCAUCGUCACACAGAAUUUUCUCUGGAACGGAUACUCACCAGAACCUGUGGAGAUAACAGUGAAGGAUGUCCCCUCAGCCUACUGCUACUCCUUCACUGAUCCUCACAUUAUCACAUUUGAUGGCAGGCGCUAUGAGAACUACCAAAUUGGCACCUUUGUUCUCUGUAAGAGCAGUUUCUGGCCGUUUGAGGUCCAUGUUCGUCAGUGGGAGUGCGGCAGCGUGGUGCACGCCGCCUCGUGUGUGUGCGGCUUCGUGGUGAGGGACGGCGGCGAUGUUAUCGCUUUUGACAUGUGCAGCGGAGAAAUGGGUGAAACCAAGCCUCACCUGUCCGUGAAGAACAGAGACUUGAGCAAGAGCGGCAUCCGCAUCACCGAGUCCUACCAGGGACGCAAAGUCACGAUGACCUUCUCAUCGGGAGCAUUUGUUCGUGCAGACGUGUCUGACUGGGGAAUGAGUCUGACACUGAGAGCCCCCAGUUCAGACCGGAGCCACACUAAGGGCCUUUGUGGGACCUACGACGGACAGUUAGACAAUGACUUCCACUCAGCAGGGGGCGCCACACUGGAGGAUCUGCACGCUUUUAUCUCUGAGUGGAGGCUCCCUCCAGGCAGCAGCCUGUUUGACACCAUGCCAUCCCAUCUGAGUACACUGAGCCCACGCAGGUACUGCGACUGUCAGGCAGAGCCCCGCCUCACAUCUCCCAGAGCCCAAUCUCAACCUGUCACCUCCUCCGACUCCACCUGCUCUCAUCAUGGCAACGUGCGUCUCCCCUGGGUCAUCCCCACUCUGGACGUCACAGCUGAGUACAUCAGCUCAGUGGAACUACUCAAAGGUGAAGGAAAUGAAAGACUCCUGCCUCCUGGUCACUCCAGCCGAAACACCUGGGAUCGAGGUAGUGACGCUCAGCAGCGUGAAAGAAGCUUCCCCUUGAGAGCCUUCAGGGAUGAAGCUUCAACCUCAGCUCACCACCAGCGACACAGAGGCAGGCGACAGACCCACCAUUACGUUUCUAACUCUCCGCACCAAAGCCUCAGCCAGUCUGAUCUGGAGGGCUUCACGUACUUUUUCCCAGAGGACCAUGAAGCCGCAGUUCAACCAGACCUUUCCCUAAUGUGGCCCACACCUUCUGGGCUGACCGAGCAGCAGGCCAGGACUCAGUGCCAGCACGCUGUGGCAAACUCGAACAUAGCGUUAGGUUGCAGGAGCCUGUUAGAGGAGUCAAUAAUUAGCCAUGUGGUGGCUAUGUGUGUUACCGACCUACAGCUGAAGGAUGAGCUGUCGUGGCUCAAUGCAACAUUACCACUGCUGGAAAAUGAGUGUGAGAGGAGGCUAAUGGAGGAGAGGAGGAGAGAAGAGGAGUACCGGGAUGUUCUGGCUGUCGUCAAGUGUCCCAAUCUGUGCAACUGGAACGGCCAGUGCUCAGAGUGGGGUUGUGUCUGCUUCCCAGGAUUUGGGUCAUAUGACUGCAGUGUGCUGUCUGACCAGAUCCCAGAGAUCACUGAGUUGGGGAAGGAGGGUCUGUGUGACGUACGACAGGGAGACUGCUCCACCAUCCAGGUCUACGGUCAAGGCUUCAAGGACUCCUACGAGCUCAAGUGUGAGUUUGUUAAAGAAAAGUUUGUGGAUGGGGAGUGGGCUCUGGAUGAGCCACAGUUUGUCUUGGCCAUCUUUCUGGAUGCGAUGACUCUUGAUUGCCAGCUCCCCCUGGAGGACAGCUGGGCUCCUGCAGACCUGGACCUGGAAACUGUCACGAACAGACCACUGGCCCGCUGGCAGAUCAAAGUAUCCAAUGAUGGCUACAGCUACAGUAACGCCAAGAUACUGACUCUGUUUGAUGGAGCCUGCCAGAUCUGCAGCCUCGACACUGAAGUCCUCUGUACCCUGAGGGAGAAAACCUGCAACAUUGACGGCCUAUGUUACAGUGAGGGGGAGUCCAAUCCCAGCAGCCCUUGCCUCACAUGUCGCCCAGACUCGUCCAAACACACAUGGUCCAUAGCAGAGAAGAACGAGCCUCCGGUGCUCCAGUCGCUGCCUUUUCGUCUCUGGUCCUUCCAGGGGGAGAACUUCAUCUACCAGCUACAAGCUCGGGACCCUGAGGGCUCAGCGGUGCUCUUCACCCUGGACUCAAGUCCCGAAGGUGCAUCUCUGUCUCCGGCCGGCCUGCUGAUGUGGAAGGCCACAGCUGAAACUACAGACACACACACUUUCCAGUUUACUGUGAUGGACGAUUGCAGCGCUGAGACCAGAGCCUCCAUACAGGUGUCUGUGCGCUCCUGUGAAUGUCUGAAUGGAGCUUCCUGUGUGACCAACGUCAACCUCCCUGCCGGCAGUGGGGAACACCUGUGUGUGUGUCUCGAUGGAUUUACAGGCGAAAGGUGUGAGGUGGACAUUGAUGACUGUAAGCCGAACCCCUGCAGACUGGGCCGCUGUAGUGACGGCCCCAACUCCUUCUCCUGUAUCUGUCCACCUGGAAUGACAGGCCGCACAUGUAGAGAGGAUAUAGAUGAGUGCGUCUCUCAGCCUUGUUUCCCUGGAGCGGGCUGCAACAACACGCUGGGCUCCUUCAUCUGCGGAGUCUGCCCACAAGGAUACAGUGGUGACGGGAAAAACUGCACGCGUAACCAAGACUCUCCGGUCAAAGCAGUGUCCACACCAGCAAGAGGUUCAGAGGUUUCACUGAGGCUCAAACCCUCGGGCCCGACGCCGUGCUCCAGACAGCCGUGUCACCCGGGAGUUCAGUGUUUUCAGAGCGCCCACGUCUCGGCAGGCUUCGUCUGUGGACCCUGUCCUCCAGGUCUUUAUGGAAACGGACGAACGUGCGCAAUACCAGGUCAGGGGACUGUCGCCAGCGGAGCAGAUGGUCAUAUUCAUAUCAUCAAAUCAAAUUCCAGCAAGGAAAUGACUCCCACAUCCUCCUCUUCGUCAUCUCCCACCUCACCCAAACGACCCCCUGACAGGAGGACAAGACCAGACGCCACCAGCUCCAGUAUCAGGAGAACGUCUUCCAGUGACAGAAAGACCACAGCAACGCCACAGAAUCAAACUGCAACCAGAGUGUUCGCCCCUACUGUCCACAGAGGUCAGCCCAGCGGGGUGGAGCCCGACCCCGACCUCACCACCGGGGUCAAAUGGGGGUCACCAUCUCACCAUGUGACCUGUGCUGACUCUCCCUGCUUCCCCGGUGUUCCCUGUGAGCCCACCGUCACCGGGUCCUUCAGGUGUGGUCGCUGCCCGUACGGUUACACUGGAGACGGAGUCACAUGUAAAGCUGUGUGCAGGUAUCAGUGUGGGAGGAAUAUGGAGUGCACUGUGCCCAACACCUGCACCUGCAAGGAAGGCUACACCGGAUACAACUGUCAUAUCGCCGUGUGUCGGCCUGACUGCAAGAACCAGGGGAAGUGCGUGAAACCUAAUGUGUGUGAAUGUCCUGCGGGCUACAGUGGGCCCACCUGUGAGGAAGCAAGCUGCGAACCGCCUUGUCAACAUGGAGGCACCUGUCUGGCCAGAAACCUGUGUACCUGCCCCUACGGCUACGUGGGACCCAGAUGUGAAAUCAUGGUGUGUAACAGGCACUGUGAAAAUGGAGGCGAAUGUGUUUCUCCUGAUGUCUGCAAAUGCAAACCUGGCUGGUACGGACCAACGUGUAACUCAGCUCUCUGUAACCCUGUCUGUCUGAAUGGAGGAACCUGCAUUAAGCCCAACAUCUGUGCCUGUCCCAGCGGCUUCUAUGGCUCUCAGUGUCAAAUCGCUGUAUGCAGUCCUCCUUGUAAGAAUGGAGGUCAGUGUAUGAGAAACAAUGUGUGCUCCUGCCCUGAAGGCUACACAGGAAAAAGGUGUCAAAAGAGUGUAUGUGAUCCAAUGUGCAUGAACAAAGGCAAGUGUGUGGGACCCAACACAUGCUCCUGUGCGUCAGGAUGGAGAGGGAAGAGGUGUAACAUACCUGUCUGUCUGCAAAGGUGUAAAAAUGGCGGCGAGUGUUUGGGACCAAACACCUGCCACUGUCCCACCGGCUGGGAAGGUCUGCAGUGUCAAACACCGGUCUGUAAACAGCAGUGCCUGAACGGAGGGAGGUGUGUCCUUCCUGACUACUGCCACUGUCGGAAAGGCUACAAGGGCCUCACCUGCGCAAAUAAGGCAUCACAAGCGUGAUGGAAAAGAAAUGAGAAAUGGGAUGAAAGAAGCUACAAAAUGCACAAAGCAAGCAUAAAUCGUGUGUGUAUGAGUGUGUGUGUGUGUGUGUGUGUGAGAGUGUGUGCUGGUGGAUACUGUGCUUGAAUGUGCGGCUCUGUGCAAAUUUGAAGGCUAACAGAGGGACUUGAUGUAUUGCACUUGUCUUUUCGUCCCUGUUUAUCGCUACCUCAAGGUUCAAAGUGACACACAUCUGUUGAAUGCAUCAGCAGUGCUUACAGAGACUUUAUGCAGAUAUGUGAGUGUUACUGCACGGUAUUAUGUAAAAUAGGUAAAUGACAAAUGAAUCUGUUUCAAUGAUGAUUCAUUCAUAAGCUGUAGGUUAUUACCAGCAACUUUUUAGUUUUUUCACAAUUUAGCCAAAUUAUAGCCUGGUCUAACUUUUACCAAACUGAUGCGCACUGUUUGUUUCUUAGUUAUGAGAAAAAUUAAUGCAAGUCUGCUUUAAUUAUGCCUAAUUUAGAUGGUACACAUCAGUAACGUGUUUUAGACUGAAGAUACUGAUAUGAAUAUGUGGCAAUUUGACAAAAAUUGCAUUUGUUUAUUUUUCUUUAUUGCUUUCAUUAAUGUAUUGUUUGAUUGGGCCAGUUUAAGUUAUGGACUGUUAUCCAUUUACACUGAUACUAAACAUAUGUCUUAAAGUAAUGACCACCUGUUGGAGUUAUAUAUAGGGUUUGUUUCAUAGACUGUAUUUAAAGUCAGUCAAUAUACAGUCAGUGGUUUGUUUUCUAAAACAAAAUCCAGAUUAAUCAUCGAUGUGAUACAAGUUACAUGUGACAAAAUAAAGAAAAUGUACUACUUCUA